AUGAAGAGCAGAAAAUUAGGAUACUGUAGGAUCUGAAGAGAUGAAAUCCUAAUGCAUCCAUUGGCUAAUGGAACAGCUAUUGUUUUAGAGCGUUCCAAGUAUUUAUCUAACUUAUAUUUCUAAGUUUGUUUAUCUGUCUGAUGUUCUUCAUGUCCGCUACAGUAUGUUUGAAAUGCUUUUCAGACAGCUUCGGAGCUCGGCGCUUUAAAACUUGCUUCUGUAAUGUGUAAACACCACAGAAAUAACUAGAAUUGGUUCAUUUUUCAUUUCAGCAUUCAAAGGUUACCUUUGUCUCAGGCUAUUGUAUUGAGCUUUACCACUCCAAUUAUGGCUUCAAUUGUGGCCAGAGUCAUUCUACAUGAGAAGUAUAAAAUUGCAGAUGUUGGAGGUCUUGCGUGCAGUUUCUUUGGUGUGCUCUUCAUUUUUCGACAAAUGCUUACUACGCAAGAUAAAAAUGGAGGAAAGAAUACAAGUGUCAAGGGAAGCAGCCAUAUAUAUGCAAUCUUAGCCGGUAUAUUUUCAUCAAUAACCGGCGGAAUCAGCUACUGUCUUACAAGGGCUGGAGCAAAAGCAUCUGAUCAGCCACUGUUGACAGUCUUUUCAUUUGGUAUACUGGCUAGUCCUGCUUCAGGAAUUUGUCUUUUUGCCCUUGAGGAGUUUGUUUUCCCGGAUGUUUAUUCAUUUUCAGUUAUGCUUGUACUUGGUGUUCUGGCCUUCUUUGCAGAGGUAUUUUUAGCUCGUGGACUGCAGCUUGAGAAAACCAGCAAAGUUGCAAAUGUUAUAUACAUGGAGGCUGCCCUGUCACAAUUAUGGGGCAUUGGUUCCUCAAGGAUUGCUCCAUCGUUUGGUCGAAUUUUCGGAUGUCUGCUUAUUUUCGUUUCUGUUUGUUGCACCAUGUAUAUUGGACCUGAUAAAGAAAUGGAAUGAAAGAUACAAUUUCAUCUGAUUCGUUAAAAGUUGGGCACCUCAUUUGUUGUACUCAACCUGUUCAUUUGUAGAGUUCUUAAAAUUGUAUACAAUGCAAGAUAGCAAGCAAAUAUAGAGGCUUCGUUUCUGGGUUCAC